AUGCUCUCCUUCUCCCGUGCUCUCAAGGCAAAGGCCCCCAUCGCCCGCCAGGCAUCCGCCGCCUUCGCCAUCCCUUCCCGCUUCGCAAACGCUCGUCUCUACUCUUCCCACAAGGAGAUCAACUUUGGAAUCGAGGGUCGCGCAAAGCUCCUCAAGGGUGUCGAAAUUCUCGCAAAGGCCGUCGCCGUCACCCUCGGCCCCAAGGGACGCCACGUCCUCAUCGCCCAGCCCUACGGCACCCCCAAGAUCACCAAGGAUGGUGUCACUGUUGCAAAGUCGAUCACUCUCGAGGACCCCUUCGAGAACCUCGGAGCCAAGUUGAUCCAGGAUGUUGCUAACAAGACCAACGAGACCGCUGGUGACGGUACCACCACCGCCACCGUCUUGACCCGCGCCAUCUUUGCCGAGGGUGUCAAGAACGUCGCUGCUGGAUGCAACCCCAUGGACUUGCGCAAGGGAGUUAUGAUGGCCGUUGACGCCGUUGUCGAGUUCUUGCGUGAGAACAAGCGUGAGAUCACCACCACUCAGGAGAUUGCUCAGGUCGGAACCAUCUCGGCCAACGGCGACAAGGCUAUCGGAAACUUGUUGGCCCAGGCCAUGGAGAAGGUCGGCAAGGAGGGUGUCAUCACUGUCAAGGAUGGCAAGACCACCGAAGAUGAGCUCGAGAUCACCGAGGGUAUGCGUUUUGACCGCGGUUACAUCUCCCCUUACUUUGUCACCGACACCAAGACCCAGAAGGUCGAGUUCGAGAAGCCCUUGAUCCUCUUGUCCGAGAAGAAGAUCUCGAUGCUCCAGGAUAUCCUCCCCGCCCUCGAGGCUGCCGCCACCCAGCGCCGCCCUCUCCUUAUCAUUGCCGAGGACAUUGAUGGUGAGGCUUUGGCAGCCACCAUCCUUAACAAGCUCCGCGGCCAGUUGCAGGUUGCUGCCGUCAAGGCCCCUGGCUUUGGUGACAACCGCAAGUCGAUCUUGGGCGAUCUUGCUACCUUGACCGGAGGUAUUGUCUUUUCCGAUGAGCUCGAUGUCAAGUUGGAGCGUUUGACCCCUGACCUUCUGGGAACCAUUGGCUCGAUCUCGAUCACCAAGGAGGACACCAUCUUGAACGGCACCGGUGCUGGUUCCAACGAGGCCAUUGCCCAGCGUUGCGAGCAGCUCCGCUCUUUGAUUGCCGACGCCGGCACCUCGGACUAUGAGCGUGAGAAGUUGGAGGAGCGUCUUGCCCGUCUCAGCUCGGGUGUUGCCAUUAUCCGUGUCGGAGGCCAGAGUGAAGUUGAGGUCGGCGAGAAGAAGGACAGAAUCGUUGAUGCCUUGAACGCCACCAAGUGCGCUGUUGAUAGCGGUGUCCUCCCCGGUGGUGGUACCGCCUUGCUCAAGGCGCUCAAGGUCCUCGAUGCCUUGAAGGGUGAUAACUUUGACCAGCAGCUCGGAAUCAACAUUAUCCGUUCGGCCAUCCAGGUUCCCUCCAAGACCAUUGUUGCCAACGCUGGAGGAGAGGGUGCUGUUGUCAUUGCCAAGGUUGUCGAGAGCGAUGACUUCCAGUACGGUUAUGAUGCCUCGACCGGCGAGUACGGUGACAUGUACGCCCGCGGUGUUUUGGAUCCCUUCAAGGUUGUUGUCACUGGUUUGAAGGAUGCUGCCGGUGUUGCCUCGUUGCUGAGCACCUCCGAGGCCAUGAUUGUCGAUGCCCCCAGCAGCGACAAGGGAGCCAUGGGUGGUAUGGGCGGUAUGGGCGGCAUGGGCGGCAUGGGUGGUAUGGGUGGUAUGAUGUAA